AUGGGACUCGGAGUGCUUGAGCCCAAUACAAGUCUGGAGCAUGUGCCAGGCACGGCCCUGCUCCAAGAUGCCAUUCCUACGGAAACCGCUCAUCUGAAGAAGGGAACAGGCCACGACACUGAUGUCGUCCUGGUUCCCCAACCGUCCAACAGCCAAAAUGAUCCGCUUAACUGGCCGUUGUGGCAGCGAGACCUAAUUUUGGUUUUGUUUUGCUACCUUACCAAUAUCUGUGUCGGCGCCAUUGGACCCUUGAUUGGCGUCCUAGCCCUCGACAUGGUCCAGGCCUUUCACAUCGACUUCCAAAAGGUUACAUUGCUCUCCGGAUAUCAACUAGCCCUUGUCGGCUCAAUUGCUCCCCUCGUGGCGGCACUGAGUCACAAGUACGGCAAGCGUCCCUGGUUCCUCACAUCCAUGGUCUUCUUGUUGGCGGGAACCAUCUGGUGCGCCGAAGCCACGUCGUAUGACUCUAUGAUUGGUGGCCGCUUGAUUCAAGGUGUGGGCACUGCCAUCUUCGAAAGCGUCACCUUCACGCUCAUUGGGGACCUCUACUUCGUCCAUCAGAGAGGCUCCCGCAUGGCCAUCUACGUUGUCGCUCAAGUCGCGCUCGUCCUUCUCCCGUCCCUCCUCACCGGAGUCGUCUCCGUCAACCUUGGCUGGCGGUGGUGUUUCUGGUUAUUAGCAAUUUUUCUGGGUAUUGGCUUGGUCCUCAUUAUCCUUUUCGGAUGGGAGACGGCCUACAAUCGGAAUCAACUUUACGAUGUCGAUACCUCAUCCCGAGAUAAUAUCCACGUCAUAGAAGAACUCAGAAGCGGCAAAACAGUCGAUGAAGCUGGCGUGGCUGCUCAUCUAGAAAGAACAAUCUCGUCGGAUACCGGCGGCAGCGUCAUGCGAGACUCCUUCUUGAAGCGAAUGAAGCCUUGGUCAACCACAUAUAGCAACGAGUCUUUGAUCCAACUGAUUUUUCGUCCGUUUUACAUAUUGCUCAACCCAGUUAUCCUUUGGGCUGUCUUGCUGAUUUCCUUCUUCCAGCUAUGGAAUGUUGUCAUCAACUUCAUGCUGGGACAAUUAUUUGGACCGCCACCUUACCUACUCAACACGGCGCAACUAGGAUAUAUUGGAGCUGGUCCCAUGGUUUUCGGAAGCAUCACUUGUCUUCUCUUCGGAGCUCUGUCUGACCGAAUUGCCAAGAAGGCUAGCACUCGAAACGAUGGAAUAUAUGAACCCGAAUUUCGCCUUAUGACAAUGGGCCUCGCACCCAUUCUGAGCACAAUUGGCUACUUCUGUUUUGGUCCUUUUGCGGCCGAGGGUAAGAGUCCAGUCAUCAUGUCAGUGCUCUGGGGUAUUGGCUUUGCCAGCUGCGUGGUUGUCACAGCUUCUCUGGGAAGUUACUUGGUGGACGCUUAUCGCAAUGUCAGCAUCGAAGUCUUUGUCGUCUCGAUGUCUGUCAAAAAUUUUAUGUUCUUCGGAUUCUCCUUCUUCCUCAACGAAUGGCUUGCCAAGUGGGGUCCAGAAAAGGUCUUCAACACCAUUGGAGGAAUCUCUUUGGCAUUCUGCGCCACUACGAUUAUCGUCUACAUGUAUGGCAAGAAAGUCCGGGCUUGGUGGCACAAGCAUGAUAUUUUCGACAAAUUGGAACGACAUAAGUGA